AUGGUCAACGAAGCCGACACACCCCCCACAAACAGGCUGCACCACGACGUCGACCGCGAGGAGAUGGAGGAUGGGGGCCAGAGGAGAGUCAAGCGGCGGACAGGGCCUUUCAAACGGUCCAGAACAGGGUGUGGAACGUGUAAAAGGCGAGGCAAGAAAUGCGACGAAGAGUGGACGUCCGACGGGCAUUGUCAGCGCUGUCUUAUAGGCCAGUUUGAGUGUACCGGGCGAACGCUGGUCGAGUCGAAGAAGAAGAAGAGACCCGACAACGCCCCAUCCCCUACUCGCUACGCGUCGCCGUCACCGACACAAGCCUGGCAGGAAGAAGAACGAGAGCCGGGGACGAGCCUCAGUGGGGGAAGCAUUGCUGCUCUUCCACCGAACGCUCUGUUAUCGGCGGCGAUGCAGUCAAACGCUUCCAGCAACUCGAUAUCCCCACACAACUCUUUUACCCUGCCAACAACUCCUAGUCAUUCGCUCGACAAUACCGCAUUCACAUCCCACGCAUCCUCCUCCGGCGCGCCGCGCAAGACAGACCAAGUGCAGGCUUCGGCAGCUGCCAAUGUCAAUUUCGCUUGGUACAAUGUCAACCACGCGCCUUCCCCUGCCCCCCACCACGACCCCUCCUCCUUCCUGUCACUUGCCCAGCCCGCCGGCGGUCCUUCGUCACAACCCGCGGGGAGCGCGAUGGACUGGGCAGCCAUCUUUGGAGGCGCCGGGGGGUCGGGAGAUGGUAGCUUUUUGGCGACGACAGAGUGUGGGGCGCUGGCUUUUGACCCGGCACUAGCGUGGGGGAAGGGUGGGGAAGCGACGGCGAAUGAUUUGUUGGAUCCGGCGUUCUUUGGGUCGUUCAUGGGUCCUGGAGCGGUAAGGUUCUCGAGGAACGAUGUAUCCCUGGCGGAGAUAUACGCCCGAGUAAUCGAAUCGUGGCUCGUCGGUAUUCCCUCCGACACUCGCGAAUACGUCCGCGCCCGUCUGCUCGCCCUCAACGACUCGUCCAACACCCUCCGAAACGUCAAAUACGCCGUCGCAGCAUCCUACAUUGCUCUCCUGUCUUCUUCCUCGGCACAGUACUAUCCCAGAUGCCGUCUCUCGGACUUGUGUCGAAAAGCAGCGGGGAUAGUCGAACCGCCGUACGAAGUUCUCGGCGACAAUACGCCGGAUCCUAUGGGGAAUGUCGGCAUCAGCACCUCGCGCCGGGGAGAGGGGAGGAGAGGGGAAGGAAAGGAAGCGCCGUAUGAGGCGGGGCAGAUCAGCCAGAGGAUGAAGGACUAUGCGGAAGGGGUGACGGCGGUGGUGGAUGCAGAUGUGGAUGCUGGCAAGUGGGUGGAAGAUGCGUCGAGGACUUUGAGGGAUGUGGUGGUUGUAGACGAGGCUCAUCUUUCGGAUCUGCUUUGGGGCGUCAUCGACUUGCAGUUUAUGGAGUUUGUUCGGAGCGGCGCCAAGAAAUCAUACGCCCAUCUCGCCCUUGGUGAUCGACUGGUCCGCUCCGCUCUCGGCUCGCAUCAUCCCGGCAUCACACUCAAGAGUCUCAAUACGCCCGAGCAAUUGUCGUUGAGGUUGUUUGCCGUUGCGGAUCUUGGGCGGUGUAUUGUCGAGAGAGGUAGACGGACCAUCUUCAAUUUCUGGUCCGAUCACCCCAGCGAAGCCUCCUCCGCUGAACCUCCCGAAUCCUCUGCGUGGUCAUCCUACCUCGGCCUCCCCGACCCCCUCCUCAUCCUCCUCGCCGAAAUCGUCAACCUCGCCGCCGACCUCUCCUCCUCCUCCUCCGCUUCCAUCAAAGAACAAGCCGGCGAGCUAGAGACUGCUAUCAGGACAUGGAAAGCGCCCGGGAUAAAGCUUCAGGGCGCUGGCGCAGAGGAGAGCGGAGUGGGCGUGGGAAGGGUGGUGGUGGGGGAGAUUUGGAGGUUGACGUGUUUGGUGUUGCUGUACCAGUCUGUGCAUCGGGUUGGGGGGCUGCAUCCUACGCUACGGCAUGCGCAGUCGGAGAUCCUCUCACUGCUCGACGCGCUCGUGCCGUUACCGAGGGGCGACCUGGCAUCGUCUACCGCCCUUCCGGCUUUCCUCGCGGCGACGCUGUCGAUUACGAAACAGGACCGCGAGCGCGCGAUGAGGCAUCUGUUGAGGGCCGGGCCGGAGAAGGUGUGGUUGGAUAAUGUGGCGGUGGUGGAGAAGAUUUGGGAGGAGGUGGAUGAGAGUGGACAGUUGCCGGAUUGGUGUCAGAAGAUGAACAAGGAGGGGAUGUGUGUUGCUUUUUUCUAG